CUUGGAAGAUUGUAUGUAUUUUCCUAUUUUUAGUAUGUAAAAAAUGAUAUUUUAAUUGAAGUAAUGUAAUUUAAGUUAUUAAAAGCUGCACCUCGGAAAUAUUGAGCGAUGAAUGCUGCAUUUCUACUCAGACUAUUUUUGUACACGAAGGUAGUUAAUUGGUCAUGGAAUCUACGUCAAUAAUUUACAACGUCUCUGAAUUUGUAUCACUGUCUGGUUGAUGUGACCAGCGUAUUUUCACAGUGGCUUAUCAACCUUAAUGUAUAAAUAUAAAAAAGAAAUUCUUUUUUAUCAGCCCGCAUAGCUUUCAUAUAUUACUUUAUUAAUAUACGAAAAAAAAGCGAUUGCUCAUUGCGUUCACAAGUUCGUCAAGGUACUCAAUCCAAAGUGUUAUAAAAAAAAGAUAACAGACAGUGGUGUGCUUGGACUUGUCAAUUUGAAUAUAAUCAUGAGGGCUAUUUUAUUAGCUUUGUUGAUGUUGAUAGUUGUCGUAAAAAUUAUUUGCCAAGACAAUAGUCAAGAAAGCUUUAUAAUUUGUCCGAGGCAAAAUUUAAAUUUCAAUGAAUGCAUGCAACGAAACUUGGAGAUUGCAUUGAGGAAAUGGCGAAAUGGGAAUGCAGCUUUGAACAUAAUACCAAUGGAUCCAAUGUUCAUAGAGAGUUUUUAUGUUGAUGAAGUUGAUGGGAAUGGUAUCAGACAGAUAUACAAAAAUAUAUCUGUGACAGGACUCAUUGAUAACAUUACAAUAUCUAAUUUAAAGUUUGAUUUUAAUAAUUUGACCUUAAGUCUUAAUGUCUUUGCUCCAAAACUAAUUUUUGCUUCUGACUAUGUUCUCAAAGGUAAAAUGUAUAGUGUUCCAAUUCAUGGAGAUGGAAAAUGUCAAAUAAUAUUGAAAAAUAUUAUGACAAAGCAUCUAGUACGUGCUAAUAUGAUUGAUAUAAAUAAUCGAGAACAUUUGAAGAUACACGAAUGGCAAGUUUCACUAGAACCAGAAGAUGUUAAAAUUAAUUUUAGUAAUCUUUAUAAUGGUAACUGGUUUUUAUCAGCUCCGGCAUACUGGGUCAUCGAGCAUUAUCCUUUUCAACUGUUUGAAGAAUUACAAAAACCAUUCAUUCAAUUUUUCUCUGUAAUAUUUACAAAUAUAUCAAAUUCAGCAUUAAAAAUUGUUCCUUUUGAUACAAUACUUUCAGGUUAA